AUGCGAAGUAUUCUGGUCGAUUGGCUCGUGGAGGUCCACACAAAGUUCCGGCUCAUUCCCGAGACACUUUAUCUAUGUGUCAACAUAAUUGACCGAUACCUCUCUCAAGUUGAGACUGUUCGCAAGCGACUACAACUGGUUGGCAUUACUGCCAUGCUCAUCGCGAGCAAGUACGAAGAAAUCUAUCCCCCA